AAAUUUUUAAUGAGAUAUUUAUUAAGUAUUUUUAUUAUUAUAGGUGAUUUGGCACUAAACAUAUUCCAGAUAUGAAAGUUUUAUGCGUGAUUUUAGCUGUGGCUGCAUUCGCACGCGCCACAGAUAUCCAUUUGCAAAAAGUUGUCGGAGGAAUCAGUGGAGAAGCUAACACCACGAGAUACUGGGAUUGUUGUAAACCGUCUUGUUCUUGGGCUGAAAAUGUAAAUGCUCAGUCUCCAGUUGCAUCAUGUGCUGUUGAUGGAGUUACAGUUCUCGACCCUUCCUCGGGGUCCGGCUGUGCUGAAGAUGGAUCAGGAAUAUCGUAUGUAUGCACUAACCAACAACCGUGGGCUGUUAACGACACCGUUGCCUUUGGAUUUGCCGCGGCAUCAUUUAGCGGAGGUGCUGAUAAUAGCCAGUGUUGCGUCUGUCUGCAAUUGUCAUUUUUGAACGUUCUUCCCAAUAAGAAAUUGAUCGUUCAAGUAACAAACACUGGAGGAGAUUUAGAGAGCAAUCACUUUGAUAUUCAGCUUCCGGGAGGUGGUGUCGGCUACUUCACUCAUGGAUGUGUUAGCCAAUGGAACUGUCCCGCGAAUGGUUGGGGUGCUCAGUAUGGUGGUAUUACUUCAGAGUCUGAAUGCAAUGAAUUGCCUGAAGUAUUACAGCCAGGAUGUCAUUUCCGUUUCAACUGGUUCGAAAACGCCGACAAUCCUAAAGUGACCUUUGAACAAGUCGUUUGCCCAUCAGAAUUGACUAGUAUCACCGGAUGCGUUGUAUAAAUUGUAUGAAUGCAAUGUAAUAUAGAGGUUUGACUAAAUAUAUGAAUUUGACGUUCUCCACAAAAUA